CACAUUGAUUUCUUUCCUCUACAGACGUGUCACCAGCAAUAUUGAUCAAACAUGGCGACCUCAUAUCUCCUCCUACUCUUCGCCAUCAUAUCCAUCUCAUGGGCGGCGGACAAAUCAUUGGGAUCAGUGAAAAAAACCGUUCCACACGUUGUGACAGAAGAAGUGUGGUUUGAGGUACUGAUCGAAGAUUAUGAAGACGGAGAAAAUUUUAUCGGCAGGUUUGUUGUCGGCCUCUUUGGUGAGGUUGCUCCAAUGACGUCACUCAACUUCCUUUCCAUCGCCAAAAAAGCAAAGACGCCAAACCGUAAAACCCUCCAUUACCAAAACACGCCAAUCCACAGGAUCGUCCCCGACUUUGUUAUACAAAUGGGUGACGUCAUCAACGGGGAUGGCACCGGAGGCGAUAGUAUAUAUGGUGAUCGUUUUGUGGACGAAAAUUUUGAACUUAGUCACCAGGCGGCUGGCUUCGUUUCCAUGGCAAACACUGGGCCAGAUUCGAAUAGCUCUCAGUUCUUCAUCAUUCUUAACAAGGCCAGGUGGUUGGACGGAAAGCACGUGGUCUUCGGCAAGGUUAUCAGAGGCAUGGAUGUCGUAAGGAGAGUGUCGAACCUCGAAGUGAAAAAAGGCACCGCCACAUCUAUUAAAAAGGCUACCAUCGUAGAUUGCGGAGUGGUCGGCAUCUCAGAAAAGUAUGAGUUGACACCAGAGCAAAUCACGUCCAACGAUGACAUUUAGGCAUUCAAAACUUUUACACAAUCUCCUAUUGUUUUCAUUAUGCUAGAGCAUUUCAUUUCCGUCUCAUAAUAUAGCUGCAACGAACAAUGCCAGAACAAAUUAUGUCUUGUCUAGAUGAACUUGACUCUGGAGAUAAGUGUAAUUUUCUCAUGCAUGACGAUGUGAAAUAUUUUGCAUAAUGUGAUCUUCUUUCCCGAGUAGAAUUUUUUAACUCAAACAUA